CGGGAGCCGCGCCGGGACGGCCGCGCCGAGGCACCAUGCGGGCUGCGGGGCUGCUGCCGCUGCUGCUGCUGCUCGGGGUCAGCUCUCAGGAUGAUGCGGAUCCUGCAAACCCAGGACAAACCCUGACCACCAAAAGCACGGAAACCACCACGGUGACCACACCUGCUGGCAAGAGCACUAGCGAGACCCCACUAACCACCACAUCACCACCUACCACACUCCACACCACCGCCACUACCACGACUCAGCCCAGUGUGGUAGCAGCCACCACUACUCAGAGCACCAUCAGUACAACCAGCCCGGGAACGUCGUCGUCCUCCACCACCACAUCACCUACCACAGUGGCAGGGACCACCUCCACAACACCGGGGACCACAUUGCCUGCCACCACCACCCCAUCCCACACGUCUGGGCAGGACAGCUCCUCACACAGCACCGCUAGCCCCAAAACCACCCCUGCUGCAAGCUCCACUACUUCAAGGCAGCCCAGCAGUGCUACAGACAGUGCGGGGAGCUUGGGGACCACCGCUGCUGCAAAACCUGUGGUCACUAAUGCAACCAGUACCCCAGGAGCUGUAGGAGCUGUUGGCACAUUCUCUCCCACCACAAAGCCUCCGGGAAAGCAGCCUUUGGAUCAUUUGCCUAACACUACUGUGAGCACCACAGUGCUGGGAACUGACCCUUCCCAAAGCUCCAAGGAAUGUGUUGUCCCUCCUCCACAAUGUGCCACCAAGCAGCCUCCUCCUUCUUCCAGUUCUCCAGCCCCGUCCACCAGUCCUGGAAGCAGCAACACUUCUGUUACCCCUCCGAUUGGAUCCCCAUCCCUCACCACCACUCUGAUGUCACAACCUGGCAGCAAAGACACGGUCCCAGCAGCCACCAUGACAACUCCUGGGGCAGACCAGAGCACCCACGACGUUGGAUCUGCCAAACCCACCAGCACCUCCCAGAGCCCUGCCAGUGCCCAGCCUCCAGCCUCAGGGGACGAGACAGACCAGGCAGAGAGCUGCAGUUCUGGCCACCAGCAGCCCAACAUUUCUUCCCAAAAUGAGCUCAUCUGUAAAGAACAGGUGCAACACAGCAGGCCCACCAUCCAGCUGAAAGAACCCAGAACCUGUGAUGAGUGGGAGACUGCCAGCGAGAACAUCUCCUUCUUUGAGAGCUUCUGCUCCACGGCCCAGCACGUGUUUGAUGCCAGCAGGGACCGGUGCACGGUGAUGCUGACGGCCUGCAAGAGCCCCUCCCACCACUGGGCCGUGCGGGUGGUCCUGCACCUUCCCUUGGACUCUGAAGAAGUCCUCAUGAAGCUGAAGGAGAAGAAGGAGAGGUUAGAGGAGCUCGGCAUCGUCAACAUCACCUCUGACAAAAUGGUGGAGGACAUGACCAUCAACGACGAGUUCAGCACCCCCCUGAUCAUCACCAUCAUCACCCUGGCCGGGUCCCUGCUGCUCGUCGCGGCCAUCUACGGCUGCCACCAGCGCUUCUCCCAAAAGAAGGACCAGAACAUCCACCCUGAUGUCCCCGGGUUUGAUGAUGGACAUGUGGCCCUGAUCUUUAAUCAGCGCUUGACUGAGGAGAUGCAGACCAUGGAGAACGGCUACCACGACAACCCCACGCUGGAGGUGAUGGAGACCUCCUCUGAAAUGCAGGAGAAGAAGGUGAACCUCAACGGUGAGCUGGGAGACAGCUGGAUCGUUCCUCUGGACACCCUCAUGAAGGAGGACCUGGAGGAAGAGGAGGACACGCAUUUAUAGGAUGCAGAACUUGAUCAAGGGAAAAACAAAGACCCCCCCCCCCCAAAAAAAAAAACAAAAACAUAAACCCUACACACAUGCACACAGAGCUCCAAAAUAAGGCAAAAUUCCCCCCAAAAAGAAGAAAAUCCCUUAAUGAACUAAUCGUGGCCCCUUGUGCCACCACAUGGGGUGCAGGAUGGAAAACACAUGAGGAGACACCUCUGGGGCACAACAACACAAGCCACUUUGGUGGCCACAUCUGGCCAAGCAUCCUCCAACCCCCAUCCACCUCCCACGCCAGACCUGACCAGCCAUGGGCAAACAGGGUGGCUUUGCUCCUGAAGAGCUGCCAGUGCCUCCUGCAAGCAUGUCCCCUCCCAUCCCACAUCUGACCACGCCAGCCACAUCCUCCAGCUACCGAACGACUCAAAAAUCAAGAGAAAUAAAAUAAACAGGAUGGGAGAUGGAGUGCAUCUGACAGCAAAGCAGCACCUGGCAAUUAAAGCUCGACAAAUCCUCUGGCCCACGCUGUUUAGUCAUCACCCUGCCCUCCCUGACACCCAGGUAGUGAAUGAAAAAAGCUGGAACAGCGUGUUCCUUUUUAAUCCAGUUUCCAGCCUCUCCCCAGAGCUGAAACGCACAAGAGCCCCGCGUUGUGCCAUAGGCAAAUGGAUGCAUCCGGACCCAGCGGGAUGGCAGGGAUGCAGCAGUGCCAAGUGAUGCUCAGCCCCCGUGCCAAGGGCUGGGGAACACAUCCUGCACCCACCAGGAGACUGAGAGAGGUGCAGCAGCUUCUUGUUUUGAAAGGGUGAGAUGGAGGGAGAGGAAAAGGAGGAAUUCCUUGAGUUCAUCCCUCUUAGGAAGGGUGUGGAGAGCAAGAGUGAUGCCUUGUCUCUAGCCCAGGUGUGAUGUUGGGGGUUUUGUGGUGCAGGAGCCCAGCUCUGGUGCUGCAUUUCCCUCUGGAAGGAUCACUUGCCUUCCAGGAAUUACAAGCAGCAUCUCACAGCCCUCAUCCAUCCUCCACGAGACUGUGGGACACACGCACCACGAUGGUUUGUGAUUUUUGAGGGCACAUUUUCCUGCUUGAGCAGCAGAACGUGAGCCAGGGAGCUCAGUGGCAUUCAGGUGGCCUUGGUGUUUCACCCCACUCAAGGUUUAAAAGCUCAGCCUCAAGCUCUUCUUCACAAGCCACUAAAAUAACAGAGACCUGCAAAGCAACUUCCAGCUCAGCAGCAAAACUGGGACUGAGCUUUGUCCUGCAGCUCUUAGUCUGUCACCCAGGUCUCCCUUUGCUGAAGCCUUUAAAGGGGAGAAGAAAAACACGGCUGGACUGAGGCCAUUUCUGGAUUUUGACUCCCCACCACAGCUCCUAAAUGGCUCUAAAAUGCUGGGGAGAGUUUCAUGCCUUUGCCCUGGUGAAGCAGCUCAGUCCUGGCAGAGGCAGGGAUCAUCCUCCAGCUGGGGUCCAUCCUGGACACACGAGGACCAGAAGGUCACUUGGCUGAGUCCCUCUCCCAAAGUGAGGAAGGUGCUUGUCCCAAACCCUCUGCAAGCCAGGAGCUGCAGACAAGAGCGAUGCCCACACACGGCCCCUCUCCUCUGCCUGCCACAAACCAAGGCACAAUGGGGAGAUUUCCUCUGGGCUCUGCCACCAAGUCAACCCGACUGGGAUCUGCUCCCACGGCUGCCCUGAAUGAGGGGAAAAGCAGAGCCGAGCAAUGGGAAGCUUGGAGAAACCCUGGAGUACUCAGGAAGGAGGGGACUGGGGUGUUUUGCUCAGCCCUGGGACAGGCACUGGCAGAAGAUACAAGUGGCUCUUCCCCCUUCUGUCCUGCACCAAAGGGCAGAGUCUGAAGUGUUCAAACCUUUCUAUUUUUGUAUGUAAAUAUUCCUGCUAUUCAUUAGCAAUGUAUUCCGCACACUUCACUUACCUGUGCACUGCACUAUGGGGAAGUAAUUUUGGAGGGGAGGGGAAAUAACAAAUGAAAUAAAUCUAAAAAAAAUUUAAAAUCUUAAAAAAAAAAAAAAAAAAAAAAAAAAGCUAAAGGUCAGCCUGGUAGGAGAUAAAAAUUUGACGUGAAGCAGAAGAACACCUCUUGCCCAGGUAACUUUGUGCCACAGCUUUGUCCCUGUUCUGGCAGCAUCAAGUUCAGCUCUUUAACAUGGCCACAAGUCUCAGCAUCCACAAUUGCUCUUGUGAGCAUUGUGGCCUCCCAGCUGCCCUGACAGACAAGCAGCAGGUCCAUGGCCUCACAUUUCUGUCCUUCCCAGCAAACAAACACAGUGAAAACACAGGGCAGCAGCGAUGCUGUGGCCACCGGGGCUGAGUUGCCACAAGGACACCCCUGGCAGGGCAUCUCCAGGCUCUGGCAUGUGCCUAAAGAUUCCCCCAUCCCAGCAAAGAGAUGCCAAAGUGCUUUAAUGAGUCAGGUCCAAAGACUUUCCAAGAGAAUCCUACAGAGGCUUGAGAUCAAGUAACCUUAAAUCUUUCCAAGCAGAGACCAGUGAGGAUAUUAACUGCUCAGCAAGUGCUUAUAGUGAUUUAUAUUUGAAUAGGAAUUGUACAUUUAUUUAUUUUUCCAGACACCAUAUUUUUAAACCACUAAUAUUUUAUAGUAGAUGUUCCUUCCCCUAUUUAAAAGAACUAUUUCCACAGGAAAAGAAAACAGUACUUUUUGUUUUUUUUAAUGUUGAGAACAUUCUUUUUUUGGAGGAAAAAAAAAAUCAGGUAGGAAAUGCAGCAAUGAGCAUCUUUGGCCUUAACCCUUCCCUUUGUAGACCGUAGCCAUAAUUGUUAGACCAAAAAUAAUAAAUAAAAAAAAAAGAUUUACUGAGGCAUUUCCUUCCUCCCUGCCCCUCCUCCCUUCUCUGAGCUCCUCUUCUCUCCCCCAAAACAGCUUUAACAUCCCACACAUUGUACAAAGAGAUUCCUGCUCUUACCUUUCGGUGGGAGCUUUACAAGCAGCUCAGAUGUCCUUGCAAGAGACUUUUCUAUUUUCAGAUUCAAGAGGAAACGUGUAAAUACUUUUAGGAGCAUUUUAUCUCCCGCUCACAGUGCCGUGACCCAGCUGAUGAGGUUGAUACUGUGACAGCUGCCUACAGAAGACACACAGAAGUCAUAAUCCAUGAGGGACUGGAGAAGGAAAACCUAAUUCCCCAGGUGGUUACCUGUUGAACCUUGCACAUAUAGUAGAGCUCUUACAUACUGUGUGUAGCAGCACCUCUCACGGGGACAGGAGUCUGAUUUACACUGGAAUUUACUGAGGAACUGGAUUGUAAGAGAUUAUUCUUGCAUUUUCCUACAAAUAUAUUUUGAGAGCAUCAUGUAUUUCUGUCAAUAAACAUUCUUAUGUAAAAGA